AUGCGAUUUCCUUCCUUACUUGCAGCGUGUCUUUUUGCCACAUCGUCUGCCUCCCAAUCCCCAAUCGUACACUCAAAAGCAGGUAUUUUCCACGGUCGCCAUCUGCCUACCUUUGACCAGGAUGUCUUUCUCGGUAUCAAGUUUGCGCCAAAACCGGAGCGCUUUUCGCCUGCGAGACUGAGUGAUGAUGCUCCGUUAACGCAUUUCAAUGCUACGCGAUAUGGUGUAGAUUGCACGGCGUACGGUUCGGAUACGAAUACGCUUGUUGCCGGAGCAUGGACUACGCUCGGUGAAGAUUGUCUCCAUUUGAACAUCAUUAGACCGAAAGCCAAUGAAAGAAAUGAAAGUCUACCUGUAUUGCUGUGGAUAUAUGGUGGUGGGUGGCAGCAGGGUGCUACAAGCGAUCCUAGGUAUAACCUGAGCUAUGUCAUUCAGCAAUCAGCACUAAACGACAAGCCUGUCAUCGGUAUAUCGAUCAACUACCGCAUGGCAGCUUUCGGCUUCAUCUACAGUAAAGAGGUUGAAGAGACCAGAAACCAAAAUCUCGGUCUACGCGACCAGCGUCUAGCACUCAAAUGGGUGAAUAAGCACAUCUCGGCAUUCGGCGGCGAUCCCACCAAAGUCACUAUCUGGGGCGAGUCAGCGGGCGCGUAUUCUGUCGGCGACCAUAUCAACGCUUACGACGGCGACACCGAAGGCUUGUUCCGCGCCGCUAUCAUGGAAAGUGGCGGCGCUGUAGGCGCACCGCUCAAUGGCACGGACUGGUACCAGCACAUGUAUGACAACCUAACUGCAUCAGUGGGUUGCGCAGACUCCAACGACACUCUGCAGUGCAUGCGCGACGUGCCGUACGAAACGAUUGUGCCGUAUGGCUAUCUCGGCCUCGAAUGGUUCCACGUCAUCGACGGCAGCUUCAUUCCGCGGUACGGUCAGCAAUCUUUGGUGCAAGGCAAGUUUGCCAAAAUCCCGAUCAUUGUCGGCACAAACACGGACGAGGGGUUCGGCGUCAACGGCGUCAACACCGACGAGCAAGCUAUUGAGCAGCUCACUCAUUCGAAGCGCUGGAACGUGAAUGCAACGGAAGCAGAACGGAUAUUGGAGCUGUAUCCAAAUGAUCCUACAGUUGGCGCUCCGUAUGGCUGGGAAAAUCGCACGUGGCCUCAGUAUGGGCUGCAGUAUAAGCGAUAUACGAGCAUUGCAACGGAUCUGACGAUGUUUGCACCGAGGAGGCUGGUGGCGGAGACCAUGAGCAAUUUUGUCGACAACGUAUACUCGUACCGGUGGGAUGCGCCAAAGUUUAAUAAUACACCGACGACGAUUGGGAUCAAUCAUUUUUCGGAGAUUCCCUUUGUAUUUGGCAAUCCAGAACAGAAUAUCACUCCGCUGGGCAACAGUACCGAGAAUAUCGCUCUCUCUCAUCUAGUCGGAAGAAUGUGGACGUCUUUCGCAUACGACCUGGAUCCUAAUGACCACGGCGUGUCCGGCAUCGCAACUUGGCCACAGUACGGCAAGAGCGUGUCGAAUUUUGUAUUCCGAGCUGAUAAGAGUUAUAUCGAGGAGGACGAUGAUAGGGAAGAGGGCGUUGCGUACAUAAACAGUUUAGUUAGAUAG